AUCAUUAUUUUGUGUUUCUUCGUUUCUUUACUUUCUUAAAUUUAUGUUUAUGUUGAAUAAACCCUAAAUAUGAUUGUCAUUGAUAAAUCUGUUGAUUUUGGGGUUUUAAUUUAUGUUUACCUUUACAAAUACGAUGUUUAUGAAUAACCCUAAACCCGAUGCAUGCUGCUGAAUUAUCUUAAUUUAUAUUGUUUUUUCAUUCAUUCAACUUUGUAUCAAACCCUAUUCCCGAUUUGGAUGCUGAAUAACUUUGAAUUCUAUAAUUUUAACUUUUGUAUAUUAAUAUUAUUUGAUUUUUUGAUCUGUAAUUGUUAAUAAUUCUGUGAUUCUGAUUCAACAGUCUAUAUCCGAUUUUGCAUAUAAAAAUGAAUUGAUUUUGGGGGUUUAACAAUUUGUUUUGAAUUAAUAUGUUUAUAUUGGUUUUUCAACUUUAUAUUUUCCUUACUUUUUGUGUUAUAGAACUACUUAUUAAACAGAUUGUAAUGUGUAAUCAGUUUAUUUUUUAUGCUAUCAUAAUAUGAUUAUAUAAUUAGUUGUCAUAAUUUUUUUCCACAUUAUGUUUAUGAAGAUAGUUGUUUACAGAAAUUUAUGUUUGAUUGCAUAAUUUGAUUAUUUUGUUUGUAACUACGUUGAAUGCAUAAUGAUUUAUCUGAUGUCGUUUGUUUAUGUAAACUGUAUUUUAGGUAUUUACUAUGGGUGAUAGUUCAUCAAGUUACAGAGCACCCUGGUUCUGUAGGGAAAUGAGUCGAGCAGACCAAGUUAUUAUGGCCAUACCAGAUGACGCUGCGUCUAAACUAUGGGGUGUUGACAAAGGCCCUACUAAUGUUACGAUACACACUGAAGAUGGCAGUGUCUUUAAUGUUUUUUUAAGCGCUUCUAAAGGGAAGAUAUUUUUUUUAAUGGUUGGUCCAAUGUUGUAAUACACUUGGGACUAACCAAAGGGUGUUUGGUAGUUUUUAAUCCACUAGAUCCUACAACUUUUAAAUUAACAAGUUUCAUUGAUGGGGUUAGUCGUGGCUCUUUCUGGACAUAUAUGCUAUCUCCGUCAUGUAAUUUUUAUGACAUCCCUCAAAGUACUUUGCCCAAAAGUUACGAUUAUUCCUCAAAUGACGUAACCUCUACUGUAAUGAUAGACAACAAAACAUUUAACGUUUCUAUUGUAACAUACGACGGUAAAGUCGGUUUUACCGUUGGUAUGGACGUAAUUGUUAGUCUGUUUCAGUUGGAGGUUGGUUGUUUAUUGUUAUUUACUAAAGGUUUUGGUCAUUUUUUCUAUUUAAAAGUUUUUUGAAAAAACGGUGUUGAAAUCAAUUAUCCUGAUGUAGAUGCUGAUGAGGCUGAAGUUCCACCCUUAGAUGCUGAAAACGAACCUGAUGAACACAUAGAUGGUUGUGUUACAACGUUUGUUCGUAUGGCUGGUGAAGAUUAUUUUAGAAUCCCUGAUCCUGUUUCACGCAAGGCUAGACUUGAUGAAGGCUUAAAGGAUUUGAACAUAAGAUUUUUGCAUAUGGAUCCUCCACUGCAAAUUACCAACGGUACAAGACGUGAAAAAAGAUCCAACGGUCGUGGUUAUCGAUACGCUUUAACCUGUUGGAAGAAGUUCAUGAAAGCCGCUCGGAUUAAGAGAUGGAACAGGCUGCUGUCACACUUUUGAAUAAUGUUGAUCUUAAUGUUGAUGAUUACACCAUCAGAAUCCGCAUUGUCAGGCUAUGGACAAGACCUACUUUCAAUAAUCCUAGAAAGAUUUAUUGCUACGACAUGAUAUUCAUGGACCAGGAGGGUACGAAAAUGCAGGCCUUUGUUUUACAGAAAAACACUACUGGUUAUGAACAUUUGCUGAAAGAAAAUCAAUGUUUAACCAUUCGUAACCCUUCGAUGGGUGAAAAUCGUCAAAAAGUCAAAUAUGUUCAUACUUCGUUCAAGAUCAAUCUAAAUCCCAACACUACUGUCCAAGAAUGCAAUGAGCCUGUUGGUGCUGAAUGGGGAUUUGACUUUUCUCCAUUUGAUUCUAUUGUGGAUGACCCUCUAGAUGAUAGCAAGUCUUUCAAAAGCCCUAUUGAUGUUAUCGGUUUUGUUGUCAAGUGUCUUCCGUCAGAUGAUAAGAGUGAUAAUAAUAACGGCAAAGACGAGAAGAAGACAACCUUUAUUUUGGAAGAUUUGCAACACCAUCAGAUUUACGUCACGUUAUGGGGUUGUUAUGCUGAUCAGAUUUUGGAUUUUGAGAAAAACAAUAAGGACGAAAAGAAUGUUGUGGUUGUUGUUCAGUUUGGGAAGUACAGAUUUUGGGGAGGUAAUAUGUAUGUCUCAAAUUUGUAUAAUGUAACUCGAGUCUUGAUAAACUCUGAGGUGAAAGAGAUAAUGGAUUUCAAGAAAAGAUUUAUCGAGAGACUUUCUCCCGAGAUUUCUUCCAGUUAUUCUGGCUUAAGUUCUCCUGUUGUGAAGACUGUCACUGAAGAGUUCCUAUCUGACUUGACGUUUUAUCCCAUUGGGUCGUUAAACUCAAUAGAUACGACGAGGUUUGUUGUCAUUGUUGGCACUAUCAAGAGUUUUGCAUCGAACAAUGAGUGGUUUUACAACGCCUGCACAACCUGCAACAAAAAGGUUUCAACAACUACUGUUGUUAAACAGAAGCAGGAUGGUACUGAUGGUGUUGAAGAGGUCACUGUCUUGGAAUGCAAGACUGAUGUUUGUAAUACAAAGAACGUUUCAUCAGUUCCAAGAAUUAGGCUUUAUAUACGUGUGCAAGAUUGUACUGGUAUUGUUAGCCUGACAUUGUUCGAGCGUGAGGUGACAAAGCUUUUGAAGGUUAAUGCUAAUCAACUUUUAGACAACAACAUUGAAUUAGCAAACGAAGGAAGUUUUCCAAAUGAGCUUAAUUCUUUACUCAAUAUGAAGUUUGCGUUCAAGAUUGCUGUUUCUUCUUUUAACAUUACCAAAAAGUCUGAUGGCUACUCAGUCUCCAAGAUGACUAAUAACCCUGUCGUUUUAUCGAGCUUGAUAAACAUUUUGACACUAUUCAGCCUAUUGAUGAAGAAGCCUUCAGUGUCGAACCAUCUGAUUCAAAUCGAUUCCAUAUCCCAAACGGGAGACGAUGUAACCCCUAGCUCGAAUGUUUUUAAAGUUGGCUUUACAACAUCGUUUGAUCAGAAGGAUGCUGACUUGGAUACGAACAGCGAACGUGACUUGAAGCGCAAUUUGGAUACCGUGUAUGACGUGGAUGCUGUUUCUUCCCAGUCUUCAUCAAAGAUGCGUAAAGACGGUGGUGUCGAUGAAGUUAUUCUGAUUCCAAAUAAAGAAGCUUAG